UGCGCGAAGCCCGGGGUUCCAGCGCAGACACUGCGAACAGGGAACAGCAGCCGGGGCCGGGGCCUAGCUGAGAGCAUGAGGCUGUGCUGGUUCCUCGCCCUGCUCCUCACCGCGGAGGUAGCUGCAGCGGAAGACAAAUGUGAGAGAAAUGAGUUCCAGUGCCAGGACGGGAAAUGCAUCUCCUACAAGUGGGUUUGUGAUGGGAGUGCCGAGUGCCAGGACGGCUCUGAUGAGUCCCAGGAGACAUGCAAGUCUGUCACCUGCAGGCUAGAGGACUUCGCCUGUGGGGGUCGUGUUAACCGCUGUAUUCCUGAGUUCUGGAGAUGUGAUGGCCAGGUGGACUGCGAGAAUGGCUCCGACGAGCAAGGCUGUUCCCCCAAGACCUGUUCCCAGGACGAGUUCCGCUGCCACGAUGGCAAGUGCAUCGCCCCCGACUUCGUCUGCGACACCGACCGAGACUGCUUGGACGGCUCGGACGAGGAGUCCUGCCCCCCGCCCACCUGCGGCCCCGCCAGCUUCCAGUGCAACAGCUCCUCCUGCAUCCCUGCGCUGUGGGCCUGUGACAGCGACCCCGACUGCGACGAUGGCUCGGACGAGUGGCCGCAGCACUGCGGGGGCCGCAACACGUCGGCCAAGCACCUGGACAAGCCCUGCCUGGCCCUCGAGUUCCACUGCCGCAGCGGCGAGUGCAUCCACCCGAGCUGGCGCUGCGACGGCAGCCCCGACUGCAAGGACAAGUCUGACGAGGAGAACUGCGCUGUGGCCACAUGCCGGCCAGAUGAGUUCCAGUGCUUGGAUGGGACCUGCAUCCAUGGCAGCCAGCAGUGUGACAGGGAGCAUGACUGUAAGGACAUGAGUGAUGAGCUUGGCUGCAUCAAUGUGACUGUGUGCAAGGGCCCCAACAAGUUCAAGUGCCACAGUGGUGAAUGCAUCCCCAUGGACAAAGUGUGCAACUCGGUCCGAGACUGCCGGGACUGGUCGGAUGAGCCCAUCAAGGAGUGUGGGACCAACGAGUGCCUGGACAAAAAGGGCGGCUGCUCUCACAUCUGCAAAGACCUCAAGAUUGGCCAUGAGUGCUUGUGUCCCGAGGGCUUCCAGCUGGCGGACCCGCUAAGAUGUGAAGAUAUCGACGAGUGUCAGGACCCCGGCGCCUGCAGCCAACUCUGUGUGAACCUUGAGGGCAGCUAUAAGUGCGAGUGUGAAGAGGGCUUCCAGCUGGACCCCGUCACCAAGGCCUGCAAGGCUGUGGGCACCAUCGCCUACCUCUUUUUCACCAACCGCCACGAGGUGAGGAAGAUGACGCUGGACCGCAGUGAAUACACCAGCCUCAUCCCCAACCUGAAGAAUGUGGUCGCCCUGGACAUGGAAGUGGCCGGCAACAGAAUCUACUGGUCGGACUUGUCCCUAAGGAAGAUCUACAGCACCCAGAUCGACAGAGUGCCCAGCUCCUCCUACGACACUGUCAUCGAGGAGGACCUCCAGGCCCCCGACGGGCUGGCAGUGGACUGGAUCCACAGCAACAUUUACUGGACCGACUCCAUCCUGGGCACCGUCUCUGUGGCUGACACCAAGGGUGUGAAGAGAAAGACCCUGUUCCAGGAGAAAGACUGCAAGCCAAGGGCCAUUGUGGUGGAUCCCGUUCAUGGUUUCAUGUACUGGACAGACUGGGGGACUCCUGCCAAGAUCAAGAAGGGGGGCCUGAACGGUGUGGACAUUCACUCACUGGUGACAGAGGACAUCCAGUGGCCCAAUGGAAUCACCCUGGAUCUUUCCAGUGGCCGCCUCUACUGGGUUGACUCCAAGCUCCACUCCAUCUCCAGCAUCGAUGUCAAUGGGAGGAACCGGAAGACAAUUUUGGAGGACAAGAGAAGGCUGGCACACCCCUUCUCCUUGGCCAUCUUUGAGGAUAAAGUAUUUUGGACGGAUAUCAUCAACGAAGCCAUUUUCAGCGCCAACCGUCUCACAGGGUCCGACAUUCAUUUGAUGGCAGAAAACCUGGUGUCCCCAGAGGACAUCGUCCUUUUCCACAACCUCAUACAGCCAAGAGGGGUGAACUGGUGUGAGAAGACCACCCUUCCCAACGGUGGCUGCCAGUACCUGUGUCUGCCGGCCCCGCAGAUCAAUCCCCACUCACCCAAGUUCACCUGUGCCUGCCCCGAUGGCAUGCUGCUGGCUGAGGACAAGAGGAGCUGCGUCCCAGACACUGAACCUGUUGUGACCACCCGGGGAGCCACCAUGGGUCAUUCAACUGUGGCCAUUCCUGAGCUCACCACCACCAAGAUGGUGACCAAGCCCCACCAAGCCCCAGGUGACAUGCCUAUCAGAGUGGACGAGGAGAGGCCCCGGAGUGCGAGCGCGCUGUACAUUGUCCUCCCCAUCGCGCUGCUUACCCUCCUGUGCUUCGGGACCUUCCUCGUCUGGAAGAACUGGCGACUGAAGAGCAUCAACAGCAUCAACUUUGACAACCCCGUGUACCAGAAGACCACGGAGGACGAGGUCCACAUCUGCCACAGCCAGGAUGGCUACACCUACCCCUCGAGACAGAUGGUCAGGAUGGAGGAUGACAUGGCAUAAGCUGCUGCCUCGAGUCCUGUCCCUCCCCAGAACCUGCUGCUGGUCAAGGACAGGAAGAACACUUUCUCCCCAAACCCUUGACCUUCCCAAAACCCUUCUUCAGACCUCUGACACCCUCCUGUUCCGUUCAAAGGAGUGGCCAAAAGCACUGCUGGCGGCUGCACCUCGACGCUGGCAGCCAUGGGCCUGUCUGCCAGAGCUGUGUUUUAUAUAUUUAUUCGUCUGGGAGGCAGGCGAAAGAGCACACAGAAUGGGUUUUGGUUGAAAUUUUUUUCUUGACCUUUUCUACUCAAUUGGCUCUUCACCUGAGGAACUAAGAGACAGAGGGACACUAAGAGAAAGCAAGUGGCUUUGAACACCAGAGAACAGGUGCUACCCACAGGGUCAGGCAACUGCUGAGCCCCUAACCUCAGGAGUAAAUGUGUUUACCUCUGCCUUGCAAGCCUUGAUGGAUGGCAGAGUAAGCUUUUGCUCUGUUACCCCUAGAUCAGGAUGAAAUUAGUGUUUUCUAAGCCAGGUGUGUGCCCUUCCCUUAAGCCGGGAAAGGGCCUCUGGCAUUGGUGAUGACAUGGCUGAAUCCAGCACACCGGGGAUGGCCAACUGAGCCCCAUUCAUUCACUAGGACCUCAACAGUUCCUCGGGAAAGACUGAGCCACCCAUUGUCCUUAAUAUUUAUUGAGUGCCUAAGACACCCAGGUACCUUGUGGGUGAAGAUAAGUGGCCUCCAACCUCUAGUAGUGUCCUUCAGCCCCUGAGGUGGCUGUCUGGACCCCAGCCCCAUGCCCCAGUCCCAGCCCCUUCCAGGUGCCCUUGCACUUUUCCAGUUCAGGCUUGUACAUUCUGUAAGGCUACAUCUGAUAUUAUUUUGCACUGUUUUCUGGUCUGGCUGGGAUGGGCUCCCAGGUUGGGGAGGACCUGGGAGUGGGGAGGGGAUGAGGUGCUGUCUCAGGACCUUUCUCCCAGCGUUUCAAAGCCAAGAUCGUGAUUAUCUGACUAGUGUUUCCACUUCUAUGCACAUGCCCCUGAGCCAUUAAUCUCCGCAACAGGACAGUUGUCACUGAUGGGUGUCCAUCUGAAAUAUGCAUGGUGUUUCAGCUCUAAGACAUGCCCUGGGUGCGGUCAUUGUAUGGGGCUUAUGAAACAAGAAUGCUUUCAGAAGUUGUCACAUGUGUCAUAUUUACAACCCAAGAGAUAGUGGGAGGAGCUCCUGUGGCUCCCUUGUCAGCCGUGCACUACAAAACCCACCAAACACUGUGCCCACCUGCAGGAAACUGUGAAAGGUGUUUCUUUCUGAAGCCUGUAAAUAGAGCCCUGUACAUAUGAGUGGGGCAUUUUAUGUUUGCACUUAGUAUAUUUGUUGAAACAUUUAUCACUCAUAUAUGAAAAAUAGAUCUAUUUAUUUUUGCAAACCCUGGGUGCUGCGUUUGUUGGGUGACCCCUCAGGGGUCUGCAUCAGGGGCGACUGAGAUGCUUCGUCUUUCUGUGCAGAUGAUUUGCGCAGCCUGUGCGCAGUGCUCUUCAGGAGAGCCGUGUCCACGUUGUCUGUAUGGGCUGCUUUUGGGGGGACAGAUUUUGAUUUUAAACCACUGUAUAGAAUGUUUUUAUAGUCUGAAUGUCUUAUUUGACCAAUUAAAUUUCUUAAAUGAACCAUUGGCUAAA